AUGGAGCAACAGCUUCGCGAGCAACGCGCUGCCCACCAGCAGAAGAGAGCGCUCGAGUUGUCGCAGGAUAAAUCGAAGGGAACGCCCAACCACAAUUCAGGGAAAAAUACUUUGUCGACACUAUUGACUGCAAACACCCCUACGUCAGGCGGACAGAAGAAUGUUAUAGGAACUAGAAGAAUCAUCAUGACUAAGGGGAGCGACGGGACGACACGCGUCAUCAGUCAGCCCGUUCAAAGUGUGAAAUUGUCCAGCGAAUCACCUAAGCCGAUGACACCCUCCCAGAAAGAGGGCCCCCAAAAAGUUCAAAUCAUACGAGGGCCCGACGGCAAGAUCACCGUCAAGGGUCUCCUGCCGGGGCAACAGUUGGUGCAGAUGGCCGACGGCAAACUGCACGUCGUGAUGGCUGGCCAGCAAGGCGGCACCGGGCAGUUGAUCGCGGCCGCCUCGGGCAAGAUUGACACGGAAAAAUGCAAAAAUUCCAUCGAAAAAACUCCCAAAGUAAAGCCGGAGGAGACGAAACCGGUGCAACGAGUGCUGCAGCCUUCGCAGAGCGUGACCGGUCGGCACCUGGUAGUGCAGCCCGCGCAGCCGGUGGUCGGGCAAGCAUCGCAGCAGGUGAUGGUGCCCUCGCAGCAAGUGGUAGUCCAACCCUCGCAGCAGCUGGUGGUGCAGGCGGGCAACGCGGGCGGCAGGGCGGCCGGCGCCGCCACGCCUCGCAUGCAGGCCGUGAUGAUGCAGGGACAGCUGGUGCAGCGCGCCGCCACCCCUCCUCGCGCACCCCCCCGUCACCCCCAUUCGCCCGCAGACGCCGCGCCCGCGCGCUCAGCAGAUCGUCGUCAACAGCCCCGCCCUGGCCCAACAGCUCGCGACCGGCAAGGGCAGAGCCCCGUGCCGACGCAGGCGGCUUCUCCGGCGGCCCCGGCGGUGCAGACUCUCACGCCGGCCCCCGCCCUCCAGCCCGUCUCGUCGGCGCCCCCCGCCCCUUCCUUGGUGAGGCCCCCGGCUCUGGUUCCCGCCACUUCCAACUCGCCCCAGCAGCUUACGGAAGAUCAGAUCAUGGAAAAGAGGUUGCUCGCCGGACAACCGCCUGGAACUGUGAUAAAGACUGUUACGGCUCAGGUGAUGCAGACGAGCAGCGGUCCCAGUAUCGUCCUACAGGGACUUCACGGGUAUUCCUUAACCCCACAACAGUUGGGAUUAGUGCAACAUCAAGUCAAACAACAAUUACUAAAAGCGCAAGAGUCUACCGGCAAGCAGGGAAUGUUGGGUCCGCGCAAGAUGUACCUGGCGGUGCAGCCCGCGCCCACAGCCCUCCCCGCGCAGCCCAUGCAGACCAUACAGCCCAUUCAGCCCAUCCACUCUCUCACGAUACCCACUCCCGCGCACCAGGAGACAAAUGAGGAAGAUAGAUUAAAGCGAUCUUUAGUAAACGGUGAAGACAAUGUGGCAGUGGCGGCAAGUAGCAAAGAAGCCGUGCCCUCGAAGCCUGAAGAUAUACUGGGAAAUAUUACUAAAACAGAUAUUGUUAACUCUCAAGAUGAGACUCUAAAUAAUAAAUUUAUCCUCACUCCUGACUACAUCCAACAGACAAUCAAAAGUGCCUUAAAGCAGGAGAACUUGAAUCCUGAAAUCGAGGAGAAACUACUGCAACUACAGCGGUACCAAGAGAAGCAGAUGAAGCCUGAGAUUGUGGAGCGCGAAGUGCGGGCCCUUCCACCUCCCGUCAUCUCCCCCUCCCCUUCGCCCCCCGCGCCUGCACCCCGCCGCCGCCCCCCCAUCCGGCACGAAGAUGACGACGAGUGGGUCGAGACGAGCCCGCGGAAGCGAGGUCGAGCGCGUCCACCCUCCCCGAUCCCCAACCUCACUCCUCCCAACCCGACACCGUCGCCCCGCGCCCCUUCGAGACACGUCCCCGUGCUAGCGCAGCCCCUUCACGCUCCCCCGACGCCGGCCCCUCCAACGCCUCCCAGAGCCCUCCCGGGCCCCAACCCCGCACCCCUCUCGGCCGCCGACGAGCGACGACGCACAGCGACGAACAACUCGCGCUUGCAAAUGAUACUGUUCAAACACAAGGAGAUGCUCAAAAAAGAUAUAAUCAAGAAGCGUGGGCUAUUGGAGAAGGAGCUCGGUGUUGAAAUACAGAAGGAGUUAUCCGCUGAAUUGGCUUUACGAACUCGUGCCGAGAGAACUAAACAAGAAGAAGUCCGAGGCAAACGACGAACUACCUCGGUCAGUCGCGAUGCAACUCCGAAAACUAAGAAGUCAGUCAAAAAAGAGAAACUCUUGUGUAUAUGUCGGACUCCAUAUGAUAAUACCAAAUUUUACGUGGGUUGUGAACACUGCAGUAACUGGUUCCACGGCGACUGUGUCGGCGUCACUGAAGAGAUGAGUAAGACUAUGGAGGAGUAUGUGUGCUCCGAGUGCAGAAGGGCUGAAGAGACGCAAGAGCUCUACUGUCUCUGUCGGCAACCCUACGAUAAUUCACAGUUUUACAUAUGCUGUGAUCGAUGUCAGGACUGGUUCCACGGCAGAUGUGUUGGAAUACUCCAGUCUGAAGCAGACAACAUAGACGAAUAUAUUUGUCCGAAUUGUCAGAAAAAUAAUUCCGUCAACUUUGCAAAUAUGAAGGAACUCACCCCCAAAGAUUACGAAAACUUGAAACGACUCAUCAAACAAAUUCACUUGCAUAAGAAUGCGUGGCCUUUCAUGGAGCCGGUCGAUCCUAGGGAAGCCCCGACGUAUUAUAAAAUAAUCAAGGAACCCAUGGAUCUUCAGACGGUGGAAAGGAAAGUGAAUGACCAAACGUAUAGUACUUUGAGUGAAUUUAUUGGUGAUAUGACUAAAAUAUUUGACAAUUGCCGAUAUUUUAAUCCAAAGGAUUCUGAAUUUUAUCGAUGUGCCGAAGGACUAGAAGCAUUUUUUGCACAAAAAAUUAAAUAUUUUCGUGAAAAGUUAUUUGAAACCACACAAUAA